AUGUUAGCUUGUGUGUGCCAGCCUAUGGAGACGGCGUUACUGUUUAACGGAGGAUCACCAGUUACAAUGGGUCCACUCGGUACGAACGGAAAAAUGCGUCACAACAGAGCAGACGUCAUGAAGAAUAUUCACCUCCUAACCCAUUCCAAUCAAGCCUUCAAUACAGACGCCAAGGACAAUUUAAUUUCACCCAAUUCCAUGCCCGCAUUCAUGGACUCCUCGGGGAGCCUUCUCAGUCUGAGGAAGAUUGAGCGCAAAACGAAGUCAACGAAAAUCUUAGUGAACCCCGUUUGCUUAGACGGCGUGAGCAGCAGUGAUGAUAGUAAUCGGUCGAAAUCGGCAACGUCUAAAUGGAAUGGUAAGAAGAAGCGGCUGAAGCUGGCGAAAGAUAAAAAAGAUGUGAACGAACAGAAUGAAUGCGACGUCCAAAAUAGAGAGGAAGCUAAGAAAGAUAAAAAAUCAAUUUCGUGUUUUAAGAUCAAAAGUUCAGAUGAAAAGGAACGUGCGGACCAAACUGUAGACGAAAGCUAUACAAAUAAAAAUGUCACAAUAAGCAUAAACUCGGUACAACCGGAUGUUAUAAAACAUACUAAGAAGCAUUGUAACGAAUUACUAGAAAAAAGCACGUGUGAUAAAGAAAUAGCACAAAAUAAACCGUUAAAUAUAAAGAAGGCUGAGCGAGGAGCAGCAGGUCAAAACGAGGUAUGUUAUGUC